AUUCCCCAAAUACUAAAACUCAAUGUCGCCCUACACACACACACAAUCAGUUGUAUAACGAACUGACUCAAGUCCGCCAUAAAGAGAAGCUAACGAAUCUGAAGCUAGGUGCAUCCAAAGAGCGGACCAAUCGAGCAAAUCGCAAAUGGCCACAAACUGCGACUACAACGAGGAUAAUGUGAAACAGCAGCAGAUCGCAAAGACAACGAUAGCAGCCGCAGCAGACGAGGCCACAAGGAGCAACGGCUCCAAUGCCUCAACGAUGAGCAAGCACGAGGAGAAGCCAAAUGGCAAAGAGCAGGCUAACGAACCGAUUCGAGAAGAGGAGCAAAUCCAACAGCAGCGGACGGAGCCGGAGGCGGAACCGGAGCUCUGUCUGAACACUGAAAUGGAUUGCUUUGAGUGCGCCUUUGAGUCCACCAUGGACAACUUGGAGCAGGCGCUGUGCGAUGGCUACGAAUCGGACUCGGAGGAGAGCGCCAAUGGCCUGGCCACAGACUCGUCCGCCUCCAGCUUAUCCCAGCUGGCCGGCAUCGAUGGCCUGCAGUACAGUCAACAGCGGACGCCCCAUGAGGAACUGCAGCCGCAGCCGGAAUUGUCACGUGCCAAUUCCUUUGAUUUCCAAAGCAGCAGCGGCUCCAGCAGCGACGACGAGAACGACGACGCUGAUGAUGACGGCGAUGUGGAGGUGGGCGCCCUCAAUCUGAGCGCCAAGUUCACACGGGCGAGCGACGGACGCUACGACAUCUACCAUCAGCGCCCCGCCUAUCUGUUGCCUCCGUUCAUUGAGCGGCGACGCCUGUCGCAGUGCAAGGAGGAGGAUGAUGAGGAUGAGAGCGGUGACAAGUCGCCGCCAGUGGGCGCCAAUGGGGGCGAGGCGCCGCGCUUCGACCGCGUCUCGAAGGCGCCGCCACGUCCGCCCACGCCGCAGGAUGCCGCCUCCAAGGAGAAAUUCAAGGACUUGGAGCGUUUGCGGCAACAGUUUAUGCACAAAAUCGAUCGCAUCAAUACGCGCAACAUUGAGGAGCAGUACACGUCGUUGCCACCGCCGCCUCCGCCACCGCCGCCGCCCAUACCGGCCACCAUAUUGCCCAAGGCCUUGAAGGAGCUGCUGCAGCCCAGCGAGCCAGAGGUGGCCGUGCCCAAGCCGGCAGCGGCCGCUGUGGCAGCGCCUGCAACGCCCACAAGUCCCACUCUUGCUCCCUUGCAGCUGCCACAAGCUGCCGAGCCGCCGCUCAUCAUUCGCGGCAAGUUCAAGGUGACGCGCGCCCAGGAGACGCCCGAGCUGCGCGUCGAGGCGCAGCAGCUGCGUGAGCUGAAGCCGAGCGCCAACGCGCAAACAAUUAGCUUCCCCUCCAGCUUCGGCGGCUACUCCUCUGUGCAGGGCCUGUUCUCGCAGCGGUAUGGCAGCAAUCGAUUUCCAGCCGCUACGCCGCAUCUCUCAAAGCAGUUCUUCGACUCGUCCCUGGUCGAGAUACGCGCACCCUCGCAGAGCAAUCUCUCGCUCAACGCCCCUAGCAGCACCAGCCAAAGUCUCAAUUGUGAUACCAACGCCAACAGCAGCCUGGCCAACAAGCCGCGCACGCCCAGCGAACGCGAGCUGGACGACAUCUGGAUACGGCGUACUCCAGCCUUGCCAGCAGACGGCACUGCUCCAGCUGGCUCAGUGCCUGCAGCGCGAUCCGUGUCAUUGGGCAGCGCCUCCACAAUGCCACGGCUCAUGCUGCGCAACGAGAGCAGCAACUCGGCGAGCAGUCCAUCCCGUCAAUUGACCAACUCCGGUUCGGUCUCGGUGUCUGUGUCCGAAGAUGAACAGGAUGGAGUGCCCCGUGUGCCCGGCUCCCGGCCCUCCAGCGCGCCCGCCGAGCCCAACGGCAAGGCGGCCAAGAAGGCCUACAAGAAGAUGGAGAAGGAGCAGCGCCGCCAGGAGAAGGAGCAAUCGCGUCGCGAGAAGGAGGCACGCAAACUGGAGCGGGAGACGGCGCGUCGCAUUGAGCGCGAGACAGCGAAGCUGGAGAAGCUGAAUCGCCACAGCGAGAAGAUCUCACGCAGCACGGAACGCAUGGUGGGCAGCGGCGGAUCGCGCUCAGGCUCGCUGGAACGGCGGCGCAGUGGCGAGGACUCGCCCGUGCUCAAUCAGUCGACGGUCCAUGGAAUUGCCUCACCAAAUCGCCGACCCACGAUCUUCGAUGUGUUUAGGCCGCGCGCCAAGUCGGAUGCCAAGCGGCACAAGGAUAAGAAUCUGCUGGAUCCAUCGUCGGCGGACAGCAGCGCCACCAGCAGCACAUAUUCCGUGUCCGGCGGAACGGCACCAUCCUCAGCAGCAGCAGCGGGAACAGCAACCGGAGCUGCAGCUGGCACGACGAGCUCAACGGGCGCUGGCGGCCUCAUGAAUUCCAUGAAAGUGGCCAUGCAGCACUUUGGCCAUAAGCAGCAUCCCGCCGUGACGAUAACCAAUGCCGAUGGCUCCUCCGCCAAGAGCAAGUACAAAGAUGGCAGCGCGCAUCCGCAUCAGGGCAGCGAUGCACAGUAUUACCACACGGUCACCGCUGUGCGUCCGCAUGCCAACGCCAACCAGCGAUCGCCGAUGACCAAGGUGAUGGAUCUGUUUCGACAUCGUUCAAAUUCAGCGGUCAGCGAGGCGGACAAACGCAAAGCGCGUGUUGCAGCGCAUCAACAACAGUUGGCUGUGCAAAGUGCUCAUAUGCGGCGCGCGUCUGCCGAUUUGGAGAAACGACGCGCUUCGGUGGGUGCUGCCGGUCGUAGCUAUCGAGGCGAUGGCACUCUAGAUCCACACCAUGCAGCCAUACUCUUCAGAGACUCCAGAGGUUUGCCGCGUGCCGAUCCCUUCUUGGACAAAGUAAAUCUUUCAGAUUUCGAGGAGGACGAUUCACAGAUCUUUGUCAAGUUCUUUCGUUUUCACAAGUGCUAUGAUCUGAUACCCACCUCCGCUAAAUUGGUCGUCUUCGACACCCAGCUGCUGGUGAAGAAGGCCUUCUAUGCGCUGGUCUACAAUGGCGUGCGUGCGGCCCCGCUCUGGGACUCGGAGAAGCAACAGUUUGUGGGCAUGCUGACCAUCACAGACUUUAUAAAGAUCUUGCAAAUGUAUUAUAAGUCACCCAACGCGUCCAUGGAGCAGCUGGAGGAGCACAAACUGGACACGUGGCGCAGUGUGCUACAUAACCAGGUGAUGCCAUUGGUCAGCAUCGGACCGGACGCCUCCCUCUAUGAUGCCAUCAAAAUUCUCAUACACAGCCGCAUACAUCGUCUGCCUGUGAUCAAUCCAGAGAAUGGCAAUGUUUUGUACAUAUUGACACAUAAACGCAUACUGAGGUUCCUGUUUUUAUAUAUUAAUGAAUUACCAAAGCCCGCAUAUAUGAAGAAGAGUUUGCGCGAUCUGAAGAUCGGCACGUACGACAACAUUGAGACCGCCGACGAGAACACAAGCAUCAUCACAGCGCUCAAGAAGUUUGUGGAGCGACGUGUCUCGGCGCUGCCGCUGGUCGAUUCGGAGGGACGACUCGUUGACAUUUAUGCCAAGUUCGAUGUGAUUAAUCUCGCUGCUGAGAAGACCUACAACGAUCUCGAUGUCUCGCUGCGCAAGGCGAACGAGCAUCGCAACGAGUGGUUCGAGGGCGUGCAGAAGUGCAAUCUGGACGAGUCGCUCUACACGAUCAUGGAGCGCAUUGUGCGCGCCGAGGUGCAUCGCCUGGUCGUUGUCGACGAUCAGCGCAAGGUGAUUGGCAUCAUCUCGCUGUCAGACAUAUUGCUCUAUCUGGUGCUGCGACCGAGCGGGGAAGGAGUCGGUGGCUCCGAGAGCUCACUACGUGCCUCUGAUCCGGUGCUCUUGCGCCGAGCAGCUGAGGCGGAGUCCACAUCGGAGGCGACAGCGGCACCGCCACGUAGUCCAUCGGCGGCCAGCUCUGGCAACCGCAGCCUUAUCGAGGACAUACCCGAGGAGGAGGCGACCGUUGCGCCAGCGCCAGCGCCAGCACCGACGCCGACGCCCAAGAGCGAUGCUGAUAGUGAUAAUAAUAAGUCCGCCAGUGAAGACAAAGCCAACAAUAAUCAGCAUGAUCUGGCGGAUGCGUCGACGGCGACGCCAAAUGGUGAUAGCAAUAACAGUCCAGCCGAAGUGUCCUUUGCCGAUGAGGCGCAUGAACAAGCCGACAAUGAUGAUAGGGGCGGCGGUGACGAUGACGACAACAAUGAUGAUGAUGUGCGGCAUCAGGAUGAUGAGGUAGAGCGCAAAAAGGCAGCCGCUGCCGCAAUCGCUGCGGCGACGCGAACGGACAACGGGGACGACGACAACGGGCUGAGCAGCGCCGUUUCGGCAGCCUCGGCGCUCGGCCAGUCGCUGGCGACGCCCACGGCGCGCGAAAUGGCGCUGGUUAGUGAAUAA